UUGCCUGGAAACAGAUAUUUCCCUUUUUUUUAAGUUUUCUGUUGUUUGUGGGUACAUUGUUAAUCUGUAAUUUUUGAAUUUUACCAGACAACAACUUAAUACGACACGAGUACACGACGCGUUUGUACUGUCUGUAGAUUUUUGUACUCCAACACGGUAGCGUCUCGAUUUUUUUGAUCUCUGCGCUUUUUUGUAUUUGUUCAUCUGUUGACAUUUUAUUUUGUUUUUUGGUAUUUUAUACAUUAUUUACCAAAAUAUGUCUUUUGUUGUCAAAAAUGCCCCGGGUAGUAGAUGCUCGUUGGCGUAUUGUACCAGCCUUUGGUCAAACAACAAUGAAGAAUUACGGAUCUCAUUUUUUAAAUUUCCUAAAGACCAUUCAAGAUGUGCUUCUUGGGUGGAAAAAUGUGAAGCCAAAUAUUUACCGACCACAGAUCUCGAUAUUCUGCACAAAACUUUUAAGUUGUGUUCUUUACAUUUUGAAGAUGACAUGUUUCUAAAUACCUUGAAAAAUAGACUCAAGCAGACUGCAAUCCCUACAUUAUUUGCCAAAAAACCGGCUGAAUUUCAAAGUAAUUCUUUGGUUGGCUCAAAAAAUAUUAGCAUUUUAAAUCAAUCGACUGAAAGUAGUUCAAUGACCGAUGACAUUUGCUCAAUUGAUGACCAGCCAUCAUGUUCAACACCUUAUUCUGUGACAAGCACGUAUCCAGGAUCAAUUUUCGGGGGGGGGGGGGGGGGUCAACUUUACGUGGCAUUCUGGAAAAUGUAUUGA